AGUCCGAUCGUGUUGCGGCUAAUAAAAGGCCUGGCGGCCGGUGCGCGAUCAGAUAAUUCACCUUUUGGUUGGUGGCUGUGUUUAGGUUUAAGGUUUAAGCGGAGGAGCCUAGCCCUUCGGCUGCCGACACAAGGUAGAGAAACGAUGAAGUACGUGGUGGUGAUGGGAGGCGUGAUCAGCGGCCUCGGCAAGGGGGUGACGGCGAGCAGCAUUGGCGUCGUCCUCAAGGCGUGCGGCCUCCGCGUUACGUCCAUUAAGAUCGAUCCUUACUUUAACGCUGAUGCCGGAACUAUAUCUCCUCAUGAACACGGCGAAGUGUUUGUGUUAGAUGAUGGUGGUGAGGCGGACUUGGAUCUUGGGAACUAUGAGAGGUUUCUCGACAUUAAACUAACUCGAGACCAUAGCAUAACCGCCGGGAAGAUCCAUCAUUAUGUUUAUGAGAAAGAGAGAAGGGGGGACUACUUGGGUCAGACUGUUCAGGUUAUCCCACAUAUUACAAAUGAGAUACAAGAUUGGAUUGAGCGUGUCGCGAUAGUUCCGGUUGAUGGCGAGGUGGAUCCUGCCGAUGUCUGUAUAAUAGAGCUCGGUGGCACUAUAGGCGAUAUUGAAUCCACACAAUUUAUUGAAGCCUUUAGUCAAUUCUCCUAUCGUGUUGGUGCUGGUAAUUUAUGUGUGGUGCACGUCGGUCUUGUUCCAGUUCUGAACGUUGUGGGUGAGCAGAAAACUAAGCCCACUCAAAAUAGUAUACGUAAGUUAAGAGAAUAUGGUCUCACGCCAAAUAUUAUAGCUUGCCGUUGUACUAAGGAACUGGAGAGAAGUGUGAAAGAAAAACUCUCUCUCUUCUGCCAUGUGCCGGUAGCUAACAUUUUUACUCUGUGUGACGUUUCAAACAUCUGGCGUGUUCCUCUGUUAUUGCGGGACCAAAAGGCACAUGAAGCUAUUCUUAAAGUUUUGAAUCUUGAAAGUGUUGCUGGUGAGCCUAACUUGGAGGAAUGGACGGCAAGGGCUGAUCUAUAUGACACACUACAAGAAACAGUCAGAAUUGCCAUGGUUGGAAAAUACACCGGUGUAUCUGAUACAUACCUUUCAGUGAUGAAGGCUCUUCUACAUGCUUGUAUAGCUUGUGGCAGAAAACUUGUUGUUGAUUGGGUUCCUUCCACCGAUCUUGAGGAUUCAACUGCCACUGUGGCACCUGAUGCUUACAACACAGCAUGGAGUUUACUGAGGGGUGCAGAUGGCAUUUUAGUACCUGGUGGCUUUGGAGAGAGAGGUGUUGAGGGGAAAAUAUUGGCUGUUAAGUAUGCCCGCGAAAACGAUGUCCCUUUCCUGGGCAUAUGCCUUGGCAUGCAGCUCACUGCGGUUGAAUUUGCACGCCAUGUUUUGAAAUUGCCUGAUGCUAACAGCACAGAAUUUGAUGCCAAAACGGAGAAUCCAUGUGUGACCAUAAUGCCAGAGGUAAUUUGCUCCAACGAAGGAAAGGGUGGUACCAUGCGACGUGGAUCAAAGAGGAUAUUUUUCAAGGUUGCAGGUAGCAAGUCUGCCAAGCUAUAUGGUAGCGUCAGCCACAUAGAUGAGAGGUUUCGGCACAGAUACCAGGUAAAUCCCAAUAUGGUGCAAUUAUUUGAGAACAGUGGGCUUCAGGUUGUAGGCACAGACAAGACCGGAGAAAGGGUGCAGAUCGUCGAAAUACCCAAUCAUCGAUUUUUCGUUGGUGUUCAAUUUCACCCCGAGUUUAAGUCGAGACCUUCGAAACCUUCUGCACUUUUUGUCGGACUAAUCGCUGCAUCGUGUGGGCAACUGGAUGAUGCGUUGCAAGAUGCGGCUUGUAACCAUGAGCCACAACAGAAUCGGCGUGGAGAGAAGCGUCUUGCUGCUAGUGAUCUUGGAGACGGAACCUGCCGCAGCAAACGGCAAGUGAAGGCGUGCUCUAAUUCGAAUGACACUGAUGAAGCACAGGAUGUUACAACCUGUUAAUUGCAGUUGUCGUUUCUUGAGAUCAUUGUUAGUAAGAGUUUUGUAAAAAGAAAAAAAAUUAAGUACGUGAAGCAGUGCUUUUAUAAUGGAAA